UCAUCAUCCUUCGUACAAUGCGAAAAGGGAAGUUGAAAGAAGUGGGAGAGGGAGAUCGCGGAGCCUUAUGAAAUCUAACGUUACCGUAGCUGGCUGGGCGCUCUACACACUGUGAACAGACUCUGAAGUGCUGCAAAUACUGUCCUGGAGGCACUAUUCAUAUAACUAGGUUCCUCUUUUUGGUAGGCGUUUUCUACGGUUUUCCUCAGUCCGUCAGCAUCCGGGCCAAGAGACCAGACAGUGUGACAUGGCAAGUAGAGGUGGAGCCACACGACCCAACGGGCCAAAUGCAGGCAACAAGAUCUGCCAGUUCAAACUUGUGCUUUUAGGAGAGUCUGCAGUGGGAAAGUCAAGUCUCGUACUUCGUUUCGUCAAGGGUCAGUUUCAUGAAUUCCAGGAGAGCACAAUCGGAGCUGCCUUCUUGACUCAGACGGUAUGUUUGGACGACACAACAGUCAAGUUUGAAAUCUGGGACACAGCUGGUCAGGAGCGCUACCACAGUCUGGCUCCCAUGUACUACAGAGGUGCCCAGGCAGCCAUUGUGGUCUAUGACAUAACAAAUGAGGAGUCAUUUGUACGGGCGAAGAACUGGGUUAAAGAGCUUCAGAGACAAGCCAGUCCAAAUAUUGUAAUAGCCCUGGCUGGGAACAAGGCCGAUCUCGCAAACAAGAGAGCACUGGACUUCCAGGAUGCACAGUCGUACGCAGACGACAACAGCUUGCUCUUCAUGGAAACGUCAGCAAAGACCUCUAUGAACGUGAACGAGAUUUUCAUGGCCAUCGCAAAGAAGCUACCCAAGAACGAGCCUCAAGCUGCCGGCGCCAGCAGCGGACGGAACCGGGGCGUGGACCUGACAGAGACGGCUCAGCCCACCAGCCGCCCCUGCUGCAGUAACUAACCCAGCUCUUCCUGCUCAUCCUCCCCACACACACCUCCCGCCCUCCUCUGCUCCCCCCUCUCUCUCUCAACUGAACAACAUGUGGACGUCGGGCUCCUCGGCCUCCUGACGUCAGCCCCGACCUUCCACCUCCCUCCCCUGGAAUAGCUAAAGACUCUGUAUAGCUGCAUUUCUAAUACCUUUUUUGUUGAUGUUCUUUUUUUUUUUUUUUUUUUUUUUUUUAAAAACUUUUUUUAAGAAGUGUAUAUCAGUAUAAUGGAUGCAUGUAUCACUACAACGCCUAAACAAAAAACACACAUUUUUAUCUCUUAUUCAGUUGGAAGACUAACCCCGAUCUAAGAAAGAAGAGCGAGCGAGAAACCCCGUGAACGUGUGAUUGUGUUUUGUGUGGAAAAAAAGUGGUUUGCUGACGAGAAGGUGUAGCCUCGUUUGUCGCUGGGCAGGGUUGACUGGACGUCGCCUCUGUUAGUCGUCGGGUUGCAUUUCGCUCACAAUAAGAAGAAAACACCAAAUUGUUCCCAUCUCGAGAUGCCGGACUUCUCUUUGCUGUGAGCUGCUGGUGUGCGAAGACGGAGCCAGGAAAGGGUUUCCGUGUGGACGAAGAUCCCCUCCAUCCCUCCCUCCCUCCUCACAUCUGUUACACAAGAAGACGUGUUCAUCCAAGGCUCCUGAUGGAAAAGUGUAGAAAAUAAAUUUGGUACUGUCCAGUUUUAUAGAGUAUAGAAGAAAAACAACCUUGAAACACAUCUGGCUCCCCGUCAUGUGCAGCCAUCUGCGUGACGCCGCCGUGCUGCACGGCAAAGUCUGGAAAACGUUGAGGAACAUGAGGAAGCAGCACCUUCAGGCCCACGUAAGGCUGCUAGGACAGGAUUUUUUAAAAUUUGGCUCGGCUAUUUAAAGAAUGCUCUCGAGUUGCAGUGUCAUCGCAGGAAAAGAAAACCAGAAGACUGUAGAAGGUCCUGCUCUUGCAAAGACUCCAACAUAGUUGUGUGUUAAACUGUUGACCUGCUGUUUCCCUUCAGGCCAGCAGUCGACCGGUGAUGAGGAGGGCUGGGUUGUUCUUAGAAUAGUGUCCAGACAGCACACAAACAGAAAAUUGGACUACUAGCCAUUGUCACAAGUCUGUGGGAAAAAAAAAAAGAAAAUAUACUCUAAUGUUGUUCUAGGGUGCAAUGUCGCAAUGUCGUCUUCUUCUUCUUCUUCUUGUUCUUCUUCUUCUUCUUCCUUUAGUACAGCUUGCAGAGCUCACGAGCUCACCAGGAAAUUUAUCUAGAGAUUCCGAACAAUUGUACAGUUCAACAUAGGGUCUGCUUUUUUUUUUAUUUUUAUUAUUUUAUUUUAUUUUAUUUUUGAUUUUCAUUCUAGACCUUGUCACAAACUGGUCAAAUGUUAAGCAGUGGUGGUCUUUUAGGUAUAUGUAGUGUUAUUAACAAAAAACCCUCUCUGGUGUCUUGUUACUUUUCUCAGAAAUGGUCCAUAGUCGUGUUUGAAAGGAACUUUUAUUGCAUUGCACAGUGUUGAUCAUGUUUUAAUUAUUGAUGACUGCCCUUCGAUUUUAUAUGACGGACUGUAUUGGACUUGCUAACCUACGGCUAUAAGCAGGUAGCAUAAUUAACCUAACUGGUGGUCUCUUCUUACAGCUCAAUGAAUUUUAAUGGUGUAAAACAGCAUUACUAGUGAUGGGCUGGUCAGUUUUGAGUGUCUGAAUACAACUUAAUAAAUCCAAUAAAGAGGUCUCUGGUA